CAAUAUAUACCAAUAAUAAUGGAUCCUGGAAGUCAACCCUCAUCUUCAACCACCAACAAGAUUGAAAGAAGGCUCAUUGAGAAAAACAGAAGGAACCACAUGAAGAUGCUUUACUCCAAACUCAACUCUCUUCUCCCUAACUAUAACCCCAAGGAAGCGUUGCCACUGCCGGAUCAAGUGGACGAAGCUAUAAACUACAUAAAGAACUUAGAGGAGAAGGUGAAGACAGCCAAGGAGAAGAAAGACGGCUUAUUGGAAAGAAUGGGAAGGAAAAGGACACGUGGCGGUGGCCGCGAUGGUAGUGGUUGCAGCAACACGAAACCGCCACAACUUGAGGUUCAUGAAACUGGUUCAUGUCUUGAAAUUGUAAUGACAUGUGGCUUAGAAAACCAGUUCAUAUUCUAUGAGAUCAUUCGCAUACUCAAUGAAGAGAACAUCGAUGUUAAGAGUGCUAAUUCCUCACUCCUCGGAGAUUCUAUGAUCCAUGUUCUCCAUGCAGAGAUUCCUCCGCUAUUGAUUGAAUUUGGGGCGACUAAAGUGAGUGAGAGAUUGAAAAGGUUUGUGAAUGGAUCAGCCAGUGAUAUUGAAUUAUUGCAACCAGAGUUCUGGGAUUUUGAGAUUGACACUGAUAUCUGGAGCUUCUAGAUCUCUUGCAAAUUCAAAUAUGCAAGGAUUUAGUACCUAUAUCUAGAUGCUAUGUAAA